GGCGGCGGAGUGGGGAUGGUUCGGUUCCGCGUGCCUCCGAAACGAACCGAGGCAUCAGUCCGUAGCGACGCGUCCCGGGCGUCAGUCGCUGCCAUGAUUUUCGUUUUGUUCUGUGGUUUUCGGCCGAACGCCGUGGUGCAUUAUGGAUUCGCGGUCCUCGGUCUGCUCUCUGUUCUACUGGUGUCGUGUCCAGUUAACUGCCAGGAAACACUGACCAAUCGGAUGCGUGUAAUCAGCGAGGAUCUGGACCGGCAGCUGAACGGAAUCAUGGCAUCGCAAGGUCUCAACUACACAACGAUUAACACGACCGGGCUGCCCUACAACGCCACCACGAAGUUCAACCCCAAGGGCAUGGGCCAGCUGUACAACGUGACCAACACGUUCAUCGACUGGGUACAGACGAAACAAGCGUAUCCCGAGGGAAUGUUCACUGUCGUGAAUGGACGACCCACAUUUCAAUACAGUUUGCAAGAAUGGAGGAUCGUGGCCACCCAUUACGGUGGAUUGGCUGGUUUAACUUUCGUCGGGCUCCUUCUGGCUGCGAUUCUACCAUGUGUGGGUUUGUUCUUCUGUUGCUGUAGAUGCGCCGGCCAUUGCGGUGCCAGGAGUCAACCGUUCGACAAGAAACACGAUCAUUGCAGGAAAGUGUUGUUGAGUAUGGUGCUGAUAGCGGUCGCUACUAUUAUUCUGUUCGGCGUGGUGUGCGCCUUUGUGACGAACGAGUACAUGCAAGACGGGACCAAGGAGCUUCCCAACAACGUGGAAGUUAGCCUGAAAGACGUGAAGUUGUAUCUGAGCAGCACGAAGGAGGAGAUCAAUAAGAUCCUCAAGACUAAUUUCGACGAGCUCGAGAUUAAUUUGAACAACAUCCUCCAGGCAAGUGGCAGAAUCGUGACUGAACAACUCGCGGAAUACUCCCACGCGGUCUCGUUGACCAAUCUGAGCGAUAUCGUGGCCGGGUUGGAGUCCAUCAAGGAGGAUCUCAAGACCAUGCAGACCAUCACCCGCGAUCUAAGGACGAACGCUAGUCAACUGGACAUCGUUGUACGAGGCGUUAAGAACAAUCUUCUUCACACGCUUGCGGCUUGCAAGACCCAAAAUUGCAAACAGGUGUUGCACGAUUACAAAGUGAAUCAGAUGUCGGUUCAAGUAGACUUCGACAAGUACAUGGACCGAUACUUCCCGAAGCUUCAGUCUUUGCCAAACGUCACGUCCGCGUUGAACAAUAUCACGAUGCUGAUGAAGGACAACAUCGUGUCGGAAGUCAGCCAGGGUAAAGAGUCGUUUCUGAAAAUUCAGAAAGACAUUCAAUACGCCGUGAAUCAGACCAUCCCAGUCGUCAGCGCGAGCAUCCGAAAUGCCGGCGAUUUUCUGGCCGACCUCGCGAAAAACAUGACAAUGCUCAUCGAUAGGAUAAACAACGACAUAGACAAGGUUUACAUGAAACAGAUAGACGUUGCACGGACGAACAUCGAUCAGUAUUCACCGUACAGACAAAUGUAUUUUCCCUCUAGGUACUAUCUAGGACUCGGGAUAUCGGGCAUUUUGUUAACAGUUCUGAUGUGUCUGACUUUCGGUCUUUUCUGUGGCAUUUGUGGAAAGCGGCCCGAUGGUUAUGGAGACGACUGUUGCAACAAAGGAUCCGGUGCACGAUUUCUCAUGAUGGCUGUUUGGAUCAUAUUCCUUCUGACCAGCAUUCUAAUGGUGAUCACGGUGAUACACAUGGUCGUCGGUGUUCUGGCGCAAAGAGCUGUCUGCGAGCCUUUGAAAAAUCCACAGGAUAACAGGAUGUUCGCUCUGGUCGACGAGAUCGUACAGAUAAAGAAGAUACUGUAUCCGAAUAAACCGAAUGCCGAUGUGAACAUGAGCUAUAUCAUAACAAACUGCCAUCGAAACGAAACGUUGUACAAAGUUCUCAAGUUGAAUUAUCUGUUCGACGUGAACACGUUGCGCGAAUACACCGGUCGCUACGACAUCAACAACACGAUUCAACAGCUUCGGCGCAAGAUCAGUCUCUCACCCGGCGUGGUUAUCCUCACGGAAAGCGCAAAGUCGAAAUUGAACGAUCUCGCGCAGAGUGGCCUCAGCGAUAUCAAGUUCUAUCAAUACGUGGAGAUUCUCGCUGAUAAUAUCACGAAUAUCAACUUGGAACAUCUCGCGAAACAAUUGUUGGACGUGUCAACGGAAUUGCCAAAGGGGCAGGACGACAUUCGAGCAAGUUUGGAGAAAAACGCACUGGAUUUGGCGUAUUAUCACGAACAUUUGGUGAAACCAAUGGCGAUGCUCAGCGAACAAUUGGCAGCCAAGGCUGUGACCCUCGAGGAGAAGAUAAAGUUUAAUCAUAGCUCGAUGGCAGAGGCCAUUCACAAUCUCGUCGACGAGGUGACGAAGGCGCAAAAGUUUUUGAACGAAGAUGGGCCAGAAUACGUGCAACAAUUGGCUACUAAAUUUGGAAACGCUUUCCUUCGUCAAGUGGACGAUUUCCUCGAGAGAGUUAUCGAUCAUGCUUUGUUCCACGUAGGAAAAUGCACGCCCGUUUCGAACGCGUACAACGCCACGCUGGUCGCUGGAUGUAGCAAAAUUUUAGAUCCAUUUAAUGGUUUCUGGGUGAGUGUAGGCUGGUGUUUAAUCCUCUUCAUCCCGACCAUCGUGCUCUGCGUAAAACUAAGCGCACUCUAUCAAAAAUCGGAUCCCUAUCCAGGACCCUUAGUCGAAGCUGAAUAUUUGUAUGACGCGUAUGCAGACAGGGAUAACAUACCCCUUACCCACGUUCACGACAAGAAAUACGUGUCGCAUAGCAGAGAUCCUUACGCAAAAUACGAAAGCUACGACGGUCCCGCGGGUGGAUACAGCGAUCGGGAAAGGGUGCCCGGGGAAGCGCAUCAGAGCACGUCCCACUAUCAUCACUAUUCCAGAUAUUCCGACGUGGCGCCGAAUUCCACUCCCACGUGGCGAAGCCACGAACAUACCGCCCCCUCCAAAAAAGAACCUCACAAUAAAGUCUUUAGCAUAUCGGUAGAAACGCAAAAUUGUGACUUCCCUAACGGUGGUCCACCCGGGUAUCAGCCAGCUGCCGCAGCUCCUCCACCACUAAGCACGGAAUACGAGCGGCCACCUCCCUAUUAUUAUUAUCCUGGGCCAGGGUGAGUCGAAGGGGACACAAAUUAGGAAACAAGUGCCGUGGCAUGCACAAAGGUAGCGCUGAAUAGCGUGGCUACCCACAGUCUCACCCGCAGUUACAAAAGGACGCUCAAAAAGAAAGAGAAAUCCGGAUGUAAACGAGACUAUGUUUAAUAUGUAGCGUUCCUGUUUGAGCGUGCCACGGACCGUGCGAACGGCAAAAUCAAAUUAAAGACCAAGUUUACGAUAUAUACAGACUGAGGUAGGCUGAAUGGAUCCUUCGGCGAGCCGCAAGUAAUGUGAUCAAUGUGUACGAUUCGUUUCGAUUAUUUAGUAUUAUUUUUAGACAUCGUGCGUAUCACGAGAGAAAUGUUACGUUGUUCACGAAUAUUGUUCUUCUUUUUUUUUUCUUCCUUUUCUCUUGCGAUAGCAAUUUACUCGUUCUUUUUUUUUCUUUUUUUUUUUACAGCGCUUCAGCGAUUUCUUUCUUUCUUUCUUUUUUUUUUUUCUUUCUCUUUUUACUUCACCGAGACGAACUGUAAUAAAAGGACGAUUCAAAUCGUUUGUGUUAAUCGCUGGACAAUCGAUUUUUUUAACUUGA